AUGGAUCGCCCUAGGCGUUCCAUUGAACAAGUCGAGGUCAUCGAACAUCGAAUCAUCGAAGAAGGGCGACGACCAGCUCGAGCAGGCGGUUCGUCCGUACCUUAUACGACAAUUCGAAAAUCGACCGAAACCUUUGAAACACGCGACGGUGAUUUCGACAGAUACCAAUUAACUGGAGAGAAUGACGUAAGUCGCGAGCCAUCAUUCAUCCACGAUUCAGCCAAUUAUGGUCAACAUAUAGAACUCUCACCUACAAGAAACUACUUGAACACAUCAGGUUUAAACACAUCAGGACCUCGAGUAGAAUUCGCCGAUACAACAAACAACACAACUGUCAUCAAUAACUUUGGUUAUGACGUACACGAGAUUCAUACCUCAGACGGAGGCGCACGAAUAGUCGAAACACACGGUUCAGGACCUCUGCGGGAUCACUCGAGACUCGAGUCAACACGAAUUGAAGAGGAUGAUCGUCCAGGAGUUACCUCUGCUUUGAGAAGUGGAGCAAUAGGCGGAAUGAGGAAUGCUUCCUCCAAUCCAAUUUUCACCGUCCAAUCGCCCAUCUCCAAUAGGAAUGAUAGUUAUCGAAUUUCGGACACUGAGUCAUUUGCUCGAAAGGACAGUUACAAGAGAAUGCAACAAUCAGAUGAACUCAUGGGAUCACUCAAUGUUUCCAAUAAAUCAUUUGUACCCCAAUCACAAGCUUCUCUAGUCAGUCGUAGUACUCGCCCAGAAGGCUCGAAUCAAGGAUGGUUUGCCAGAACAAAAGCCUACGUCGUUUCUCUCAUCGAUCAUUUUCGCAACAUCGAAUACACUCCCAAGCUUUUGGCUCACCUUUGCUGUAUUCUCUUCUUCCUUGUUCUUCUGAUCAUUCUAUUGGGAAUUGUUUUGAAUGCCCUGUUCCAUAGAUAUGCCGUGACAGAAUUCCUGUUAUACCCACCAGUGUGCGAGGAAUGUCGCAGACGGAAUCCUUCGCUAACCACCAAUUCCUUACCCUCAUCUGUAUUUAUCCAUUUCUAUUCUUCCUCUCAAGCCCAUUUUGAAUUACGCGGAAACUCACCUUUCAAGAGUAACAGCUUCACAGCUAUUGACUUCCAAACUGGCUACGUAGCCAUUGCCGAUCAUGCGUUGACAGAUUCCAACGGAAGACAUACCACCUGUUUCCUCAUGCCACUUGAUCGUUCCGCUAUAAACAGCAUUGACGAGUUAUCGGAGGCUGUGACAGACAGCUCUUACGAGAUUCAAUCUACAUUCGGCUGGCAAGAGUUCUGGCAAUUCGAAGCGGAGGCUAUUGAUUCACUUACGGCCAAUUCAAAAUUCACUUAUCCAGUACGCGAUUGUUCGGGUGCGAAAUGGUAUCUUCUUAAGCAGAGUGUACAUGCUAGAGAUGUUGCAUGUUCUGACUGCUAUGACUUCUGCCUUCCCGAUUGGGCCGUUGUACGCAAAGAGAAGUAUGAAGAUGAAAGUACUCUCGGUAUAAGACGUUUGGAUUGUUUCCGUCUCUACGUUCCGGAGUGGCGUAACUUCAGAGUUGAAACUGAUAUAUCUGGCGGUCAUUGGCAAUAUCCUUUAGCUUCGGAAAGUACCAAGCGUGAUCAAGAUGGUGAAUGGGUAUCUUGGGUUGCAACUGGUAAAGGAUUGCCGUUCCAACAAGCGCGUAAGAGGAGGUAG